CCUCUUCCACUUAGCAUUGGCUCCUUGGUAGCAUUUGACACUUUCUAAGAGAAGUGUCUUGCGAUAAAUAUAACGUGUAACCCAGGAGUUUUUCUUUAUUAAAUAUUCCGUUUGGGAGUGUCAUAAUUCAUCCGAAGCCAUGCCUAUGUAUCAGGUAAAGCCCAUCAGCGGGGGUGACUUAAAAGUUGAUUUGCCGACGUGCAUGUACAAGUUACCGAACAUCCAUGCACAGCCUGACAGUGGCAGCUGCAUCGACAAUUUGCUACAGAAUGGCGAGGUAGAUCCAGCCCUGAAAGCCCUGGAGCAGCGUCAGGAUGAAAUAUUGCGUAGACUCUACGAGUUGAAGGCGGCAGUAGACGGACUAGCUAAGACCGUGACCACCCCUGAUGCAGACCUUGAUGCAACAUCUCUCUCUUCAGCUGCCACAAUGUGUGCUUCUAAAGAGGUGGCAGACCUGGACACAUUAUUGGGAAAGGACCUGGGUGCUCUGCGAGACAUAGUGAUCAAUGCCAAUCCAUCGAGCCCACCACUGAGCCUGCUGGUGCUCCACGGGCUUUUGUGCCAGCGCUACCGCGUGCUCUCCACUGUCCAUGUCCACUCCUCCGUCUCCACCGUCCCACCAAAGCUACUCAACUGCCUGGGGCCCCGUCACGCCGAUAGCUACACACGCCAGCGCUUCCAGCUGGGCUUCACCCUCAUAUGGAAAAACGUACCAAGACUCCAGAUGAAGUUCAGCGUGCCCAACAUGUGCCCCAUUGAGGGCGAGGGCAACGUGGCGCGCUUCCUGUCUCGGCUGGUGGGCCUGGAGCCCCAGGACCCGGUGGCGGCCACGCAGUCCGACAGCUGGGUGGACACGGCUGUUUUCCAGCUGGCCGAGGGAAGCGGUAAGGAGCGGGCGGCCGUGCUGCGGGCGCUUAACGGCGCGCUGGGGCGUGGGCCCUGGUUGGUGGGCUCCGAGCUCUCGCUGGCAGACGUAGUGUGUUCCUGCUGCCUCCUGCAGACGGGCACCAGCGCCACUUCGACCCCUGCCAAUGUGCAGCGCUGGCUCAAGGGGUGCCAGAACCUUGGGCACCUGGCCUGCAUCAUCCCUCUUCUGCAGUGACGGUCACUGGAGCUGUGUAGAUUAUAAAAGGGCAUCUUUUAUAAUCUAUUAAAAGGCCUUUAUAAACCCUACAUAACAUGGUUAUAAGACACAAGCUAUGUGCUGUUAAAUGCUGGGGUCUGCUGCUUAUAGGCCUACUGUGUUCAACAUCAUGGUUUAUGAUGCUUGUAUGACAAGUGAACUACGUGGGGGAUUAGCAGAUUGGCCUUCUUACUUUGUUGUUACGUAGGGUAUAUAAAGGCCUUGUAUAGUUUUCAUGAGGCGGCCCUAAAGAAGUGGACCUUUUAGACCGAUAAUAUGAAACCCUGGUAACAAGGAGAGGUGUUCAAUGCUGUAAACACGCAUCUUCCCUUUCCACCUUGUGCCUAAUAUGAUGUCGUCCUUGAUGUGUGAGUGGCAUUGCUAACAGGACAUACAUUUUUAACACAUUUGAAAAUGUGAAGAACAGGACCUACUGAUGUGUACAAGCAGUAUGACAACAUUGUAGAAUUUCUUUGUCUUUCUUUUAGGUCUAUUAAAUUUUCCACUUUGGGUCA